AUGACUACAAUUAUGACAAACAUAUUUGUUUUUCUGGAUACCACGUGGCCGUACUACUUUGUCAUGGAUUAUAUUAACUUUGUACUACAACGACUCAAUAUAAAUCCCUACGCCAGCGCUGUGACCUUAUUAUCCGCCGCGGAUGGCACCAUAAUGGUCAACACCACACACUAUUUGAUGGAAGUUUAUGAGAAAUGGAAUGUCACAACACACUCGUGGUACAAGCCCGGCUUCAGUCUACCACAAAUCCUCAACUCUGCCGUAGAUAUGACGCAAAAUAUUAUGAAUGCUGAUCGCAACGCCUCCUCAUUGGGAGGCCGAUCGCUGAUCGCUUUACUUGUACCCAGCCCCGUAGCCUUUGUACCCGAUUGGGAUAUGCGAUAUGCUCUUCAUUUUCUUGAGCGGCUCAACUACACAGUGCCGGACUUACAUAUUCUCUACUACGGCGGUGGUGGGCUCAUACGCUUCAAGGAUCUUGUACGCAAUCCACACCAAGAUCUUUUUCCACUCGGAGAGGAAUACGAUGUGUGGGCGGCUGGAAGGCCCGUAGUAAGGCGCAUACGUGAAAGCGACAUCAAUUUCUAUCGCAUAAUGCCGAACUACUUCUUCGGUUCGACCAGCAUGCGUUACCUGCGGAUACGGCCGUUAAGCCCAAUAUCUUUCAUUGUCUGCAGCUCCCGCACAAAUGUCUUGCCGUACCGCCAAGACGGCGGGGAUCAGCCGAAACAGGGAUGUGGUCAAACUGCUGCCACUAAUGGCUAUGCUUUGGACUUAAGUGAACUUUGCAUUGGCUACACAUACAUCACCGAUUGCCCACCACUGUAUGUGUCCGUACAAGCUCAGCAAUUCGUCGGUAGCAAUGAAUUGUCCUGCACCGAUCCUGCUUGUCAGUGGCCCGAUGAAGCACAAUUUCUCAUUUACGUGAAUUAUUUAGUUUGUAAUAAGGCAAGGAAGAUGGCGCGCACGCACGGAUAUAAAACCAGUGAUGGGGAAAUGAAGAUGAAAUCACAAGGAUACCGCGCGCCGCAGUAA